UCUUUGCAGAGGCGAAGAGAAGCCACAGUCGAAAUAUCUUACUGUUUCAAGAAGUUCAUGGUUUUUACACUGAAUAUAUUGGACAACAAGAGAAAUAAUUAUCUUGAUGAAAACAAAAAAUAUUUCAAUGGAUUCCCAUUAUUUUAUCAUGUGGAUUUUCUUCAAAUAUUAUCUAUUUUCGGUGGUUGGUGCUAAUUUAACCAAUGAAGCAGACGACCUGCAAUCUGCUGUAGUGAAGGCUCGUUGUACAGCUCUUUGUCUCGCUAAGUUUGGUGUCCAGCAGUCAAUGGAAGGAGAAUUAGCUACAUACAACCUUUACCGACCAUUUUACUGUCAAGAUGACAUCUGCCAUCAGGCUCUCUUACCAUGUCAUUGGAAGAAGAAAACUGAAGCAACAUGUCUGAAAGAUUGCCCUUCACAGCAAUGCCGUAAAACAUGUGCUUUGAUUCAGUAUUUGAAGGAAUGGAUCCACAACAACGACAGAAUUCAGGAAAUGGGAACUUUGUCUUCUGCGAACCAUUCCACUGGCAUUCAAUUUAUUGGGCCGAACAUCAUCUGUAAACAAGACAUGUGGUGGACUGACCAGUUAUUCCUUCAUUCUAUCUACUACAUUUACUGGAAUAUUACCUAUAGCCACAAACAGCCUUCCCCUGGACCUAUUGUUGUUCUGGUCUCGGUGAAACAAAACGAUGACCAAAAAUGGCAUGUUGUGGCAAAUACCAGUCGUCCCCUUUUCCCAGUGAAAUUGGACAACAAUAUGAGGUACUCUCUACGCUUGACAGCUGUCAGCCAGCAUGGUGUUGUUGGUAUGGGCUCAACAACAUGGACAACACACAUACCAGACCACCCCUUACCACAACCCAUCCACAAGCUGGAGCUGAUGGGGCACACCCUGAAUGAAGACACUAUUACAGCCAAAAUAAAAUGGCAAACGAAACGAGACCAAAGCUGUUUCUAUAAACUCAAAUGGACCUCCUCCACUAAGGAGUUCAACUCAAAGAACCUUGGGUUGCCCCUCAAACCAGAAUAUACUAUAAAGGAUCUUCACUUCUCUGACCGCUACAAUUUAUCUCUGAUGGCCACUAACCAGCAGUUUAACCAGUUCAGUAGUCCAGUAAAUUUAUCCUUCACCACACCCUCUUGCUUCACACUCACCAAUUUUAGCUACACUCAUUGUGCUCCAGAAUCCGUCCGUAACCUCCAUUCCUGGAAAGCAGAAGUCAACAGAAAUGGAAGCAACAGUUCAAUUAUCCAUAUUAAGUGGAAAGCGCCUGCCCACCUCUCAAACAGAAACCCAAUCACCGGAUACUUGGUCUCUUGGAUGAAACUGGUGCCCCUUCUACAGGCACCUUACAUAAAACCAGACAGGGCUAGAAUUCAACUUCCACCAGGGGCCCUUACCUGUGUCCUAAAAGGUCUACAACAUGGCUACCAGUACAAAGUAACUGUACAGACAGUCUCCAAAGGGGGCCUCAGUCAACCAAAUGUCAUUCUGCUGCAACCUGACAAUGUUAUGGCAUUGGAUCCUGUGGAGAGGAGGUUUGUGGCAACGCUCUAUCCCUUUGAUGUAAAAGUGUCCACCCUACUUACCAUGGUCAUCCCUAUCUCACUGAUGUUGCUGGCUUUAGUGGUCACUCUAAUGUUUCUCUUGAUUAACCAUCACAAGAAUGUCCAUUCUAUUUGUGGUAAAAGUCACCAUACAAAGGACAUUGAGAAACCCCGCUGUGCGAAAAGGGUCCCAGCACAACCAUCCCUACAGUGCAAAGACUCUUAUGUACUGGACCCGAAUCAAGUACACUUGAUGGAUGUGAUUGGUGAAGGAGCCUUUGGGAAGGUGAUGCGGGCUAAAUACAUCAGUUCUACUUUGCCAGGUAUCAAGACUACUGUUGCUGUCAAAAUGUUGAAAGACAAUGCCAGUUACAAUGACAAAAAGAUGCUGUCCUUUGAGAUUAGUGCCAUGAGGGAUCUUGGUUCCAACAGACACAUUGUCAGUCUCAUUGGUCACUACUGUGUUAGGAACCAACCGGUUCUGGUGUUGGAAUAUUGUCCACUGGGGGAUUUACAGAAUUACCUGAGGAAGUUCAGGGACAAGGACCCCCACACUGCUAGAACCACCCAAUAUGGUUACCAGAAUGAUCCUGGGCCUGGCAGCAGCAACCAUUUGAAAGAAUUUCCAGAAAUGACAUUCACUACAAUGUUGUCAUACAUUCGACAGAUUGCCAUUGGGAUGGAGUAUCUCUCAGCUCAAAAGAUCAUUCACAGGGACCUAGCCGCCCGCAAUGUACUGGUAUCUUCCCAUGAUUUGGUCAAACUAUGUGACUUUGGGCUGGCCAGGGAUGUUUACGAGAAUGACUUCUAUCACCUGAAAAGCAGACAGAAACUUCCUUAUAAGUGGAUGGCCAUUGAAACAUUGAAAGACCAAAUAUUUACUGUGAAGAGUGAUGUGUGGUCCUUUGGUGUGGUAAUGUGGGAAGUGACUUCGUUUGGCAGUUGCCCCUAUCCUGCUUUAAAUGGCCUUGAACUCUAUCAGUCUCUUGAGCAAGGAUAUCGCCUGUCCUGUCCUCCAAACUGUUCACCAAAACUUUAUUCCAUAAUGAAGAAUUGUUGGCACAGAGAAUCAACCAUGCGUCCUGGGUUUUCAGAAUUACGCUGGAGUGUUGAAAAACUUAUGGAAGAAGAGAAUUGUUACCUUCAAUUAGAGAGCAGAAGAGAAUGUAGUGCUGUAGAUGGCACUGUUGCAGCCAGCCCAUUAUUGGAAUCAAACAAAUCCUCUAAUUGUAUCGAGAUGAAGGCCACCACACAGGAGGAUUACUUGUCACCUGACAUGAGUCUACAGAAGCCUGAACCCAGGCGGUAUCAAGUUGUUGAGAGACAAAGGGUUGUCACUACACAUGUCUAUAAGUCACCAGAUGAUGUUACCUUGAAACACUGUAUAUUUCUUCCCAAAUCUGUCUCUGUCAAACUCUCAACUCUGACCAGUUUGAAAUAUUUUCAAGAGAAAGUUUACGAUUCUGGUUUUGGAUAAAGAAGACUGUUGGAACAAAUUUAGCAAUCUUUGGCAAAAUAUAUACCCUUUUGCCAAGUUAGUGAAAUAUUUAAAAUGUUUACAGUUGGAUAGAUAGACAAAUAUAACAAAAUAAUUUGACAAAAAAAAAUGUGAAUUUUUAAUUAUUUUCUGAGAUUUUACAAAAGCAACAAAAAUAUAUUAAAAUUUUCUUUUUCUUUUAGUUUUCAAGUUCAAAUAUUUUAUUUGAGAAGAAAAUGGAGGAGGGUUUUAGAGAAAGAUUUGUCAGGUUUCAUCUUUUUUUAGUUUUUAAAACAAACUUUCGAAAAAUUUCUAAAGAAGAAAGUAAAGAAAACUUUGUAUUUCUUUAUUUUAGCAAUUAAUGUCUAAGUUUAUGUUUCUUCAAGCAAAUAAUCCUUUAAUGAGUUGCUUGAUUAAUUAUAGAUUUCGAUGAACUUUGACAUUGAUGUUAUAUAUUUUAGCAUAAAUUUAGAGUUUGUUGGGGAGAGAAAUGAAAUCGUAUUAUCAUUUUCUGAGAAAGUUUCAUGUAAAUAUUUUCAAUUUCUUUAUUUGUAAGAUCUCCGAGAGAAGUCCACAACUCUCCUGUACGACCUCUUACUUUUACAUCUCUUUUAUUACACGUGUAAAUAAUUCUCUUCAUUUUUACUGAUGGAAUUUUUAGUCCUUUGUAAAUUGUAAAAAUAUAGAAACCUUUUCUUUUUAUUAUUCCAUCCAUGCUUUAUAAUUAUCAUUUUAGCCAUAUCUUUUUAUAAUUUCUUCCAAAUAUUUUUAAUAUUUAUACUUUUGAUAUUUCUUUUAUGUAGUUUUUAUAAUUUCUCUCAUUAUUUUUACAUCAUUUCUCCUGUAUAUUUUAAUAUUUUUGCCAUGUCAUUUUAUAUCUUUCAUGGUUUUAAUACUUCUUUCUUGUCUGUUUUUUUCCCCCUAUUUUUUCUUUAUCUUUCAUUAUAUCUUUUCUAAUUUACAAAUUUCGACACAUCUACCUCCCCACCCACUUUAUUUAAUUGAAAUAUUCUUAAUUUCAUUUUCUUUACCUUGUCCAAUGUGGACAUUAAAACAACCACACCUACUUGAUGUAGAUCAGACAAAGACAUGACAUUUGUUGAGUCAUCGAUGAAAACAAAUUUCAAUUCAUUUUUUAUUUUUGGUUUGAUUGGAUCCUGAAAAACUACCAAAAAGAAUAAAUAAGAUGAAAUAAAAUAUGCUACAAUUUGUAUUUCGGUUGACGAAAGUCAAAACCAUCACAUUUUAAAGAAGAGCUCUAAACAAGGUGGGGUAACAAGUUACUUUUAAAGAUAUUUUGCCAUUGAAAUAAGUUUAUGACUCAAACUCUAUUGACCAAUCUUUAUAUUGUUUGUAUUCCCACCAAAUUUACACGUAAGGUUUGAGUCUUGUUGUUGAUUUAAUUAUUUUUAGAUUGGUUUAACAAACUUCUAUAUCCAACAAAGAUCAGUGUUUGUGCCGGGCUUUUUGAUGUACAACAAAUGUUUUGUUACAAAUUAACUUUUCAAUGUCUGCUUCAUCAGGUUUCAUUUUAUUAUUAUUAUUAUUAUAGAUGAGUGAUUAUCAUAUUUCCAGAAACUUGGUUUCUGAAAUAUCUUUCACCUUUAAACUGUAGCAAAAAUAGAUUUGGUGUGGAUACUUCUGAAAUGCUGGCUGGACAAGGUUUUACUAACGCUUUCUCUACAACACUGACAAUUUUUAUUUCUUCAAAUAAAAUAUUUGAACCACAUUUGAUUAGAAUAAAACCAGUGAAACAG